AUGUUCGGGAAACCAGACAAAAUGGACGUCCGGUGCCACUCGGACACGGAGGCCGCCAGGGUCUCGAAGACCGCGCACAAGGAGAGCCGGGAGAUCAAGGGCGCCGAGGGGAGCCUUCCGGCGGCCUUCCUCAAGGAGCCGCAGGGCGCCUUUUCGGCGUCUGGCGCUUCGGAAGAUUGUAACAAAAGUAAAUCCAAUUCCUCCGCAGACCCGGAUUACUGUCGCCGGAUCCUAGUCCGAGAUGCCAAGGGGUCUAUCCGAGAAAUCAUCCUGCCCAAGGGCUUGGACCUGGACCGGCCCAAGAGGACACGCACGUCCUUCACGGCGGAGCAGCUCUACCGGCUGGAGAUGGAGUUCCAGCGUUGCCAAUAUGUGGUGGGCCGGGAGAGAACCGAGCUGGCUCGGCAGCUCAAUCUUUCCGAGACCCAGGUGAAGGUCUGGUUCCAGAAUCGGCGAACCAAGCAGAAGAAGGACCAGGGCAAGGACUCCGAGCUGCGCUCCGUGGUGUCAGAGACCGCUGCCACGUGCAGUGUGCUGCGGCUGUUGGAACAGGGUCGCCUGCUGUCGCCGCCCGGCUUGCCUGCCCUGCUGCCGCCCUGUGCCACCAGCGCUCUCGGCUCGGCUUUGCGCGGGCCCAGCCUCCCAGCUCUGAGUGCUGGCGCUGCAGCGGGCUCGGCCGCCGCCGCCGCUACUGCCCCGGGCCCCGCAGGCGCUGCGUCUCAGCACCCGCCAGCCGUGGGCGGUGCUCCCGGCCCAGGGCCUGCAGGGCCGGGGGGACUGCAUGCGGGAGCACCCGCUGCCAGCCACGGUCUCUUCAGCCUGCCAGUGCCGUCGCUUCUAGGCUCUGUUGCCAGCCGCCUGUCCUCCGCCCCGUUGACGAUGGCUGGUUCGCUAGCUGGGAAUUUGCAAGAACUUUCUGCCCGGUACCUGAGCUCCUCGGCCUUCGAGCCUUACUCCCGGACCAACAAUAAAGAAGGGGCCGAGAAAAAAGCGCUGGACUGA